UAACCUCUUUCUCCUUAUCUCCCGUUUACGCCUCUCUCUCUCUCUCUCUCUCUCUCGCUCAAUUUCAAAUUCACAAUCCCAAUCUCAAACGCUCAUUAUCAUGCCUUCUUCUUUUCAUUUGUAGAGAACGAGAUGCUAGAGUGAGGGAGACAACCGGUGGGUUCCGACCACCGGUUGCGGCAAUGGUUGAUGGCCUUUAGAGUGGCCAAAGAUGAAUAAGUCGGUAACAAUCGCAAACCUCGGCGGCGGCGGAUCUAGGGUAUUGCGAUGACCAGAGACAACUGUCGUUCCCGUUUUCUUCCACGUCAACGUUUAGUGACCGAAAAGUUGGACACCAGAAGGAUCUUGAAACAACUUGCAAGGAAAAUUUAAAGUAGCUUUAAAGGAUGGUUGCAUAUUAGCUCAUGCAAAUCCCAUGACCAUGCUUCAAACCAUAGUUCACCAGAAUAAACAAAGUAUGGAUACGAUUACACAAUCAACUAUCAAAAUGAUGGUCUAGGAAAUUGUCGAGUAUAUUCAUAUUAAGGGCCUGGUUGACAUGCGAGAUCUUGGGAUGCCAUCUAAAGCCCUUUCCGAUGAUAAACGCCAUAAAACACAAGAACUGUUUCAUAUGCCAGGAGGUACAACCCUUUUUAGUCAAUUUCUAUGUGAAAAGAUCAAAGUAUAUUCACUACACCAUAAUCCAUUUAUAAAACAUGUUCCAUGUAUAUAAACUGCACACAAACACACAAAACUGGAUGUGUUUUGAAUGGCUAUAAUUUAGGGGUGCAAACGAGCCAAGCCAAGCCAGAGCUCGAGCUCGAGCUCAUUUAACUUAUGAAAGCUCGAGCUCGGCUCACAUGUACCUCUUCAAGCUAGAGCUCGGCUCGUGUAUUACUUUUUAUUUAAUUUAUAUUAAUUAUAAUAAUUAUUAUUUUAUAAAAAAAAUUCUUAUUUUUUCAUGAUUUUAUAAAUAGUAAUUACUAUAAUUCAAAUAUAUAAAUAUUAGUUAAAAUUUUAUAAGUAGUGGACUCGUGAGCCGGCUCGAGCUCACAAGCGAAGCUCGGGCUUGUUUGCUAAGCAGCUUGUUUUUAGGAUCAGGCUCCAACUCAUUUAAGCUCGGUUCAUUCGAGCUUUUUUUCGAGCCGAGAUUAGUAGCUCAGCUCGUUUGCACCCCCUACUACAAUUUAUUUAUUUAUUUUUAAUCAAAUUUAUUGGAAUUUAGUUUGGUGAUGGAAUUCGGAUGGACUUAAAGUUGAUUACUGUUUUAUAACUAUAAAAGUUAACAACUUUGUUUUGAAUUUGAUGAAUCUCUUCACUUUGUUAACUUUGUUGAUCAAAGACGUGAUCUUGCAAGUCAUUCCUUUUAAGUCGACCAAAAUAGAUAUGGACUCGGUCUGGUUGAAUUAACCUGAAAAUACCUUUUUAUGUAAUAAAUAUUAACCUGAAAACACUUUUGGUGACUUUCAACAUGUUCUUUGUUAAACAAAUUAUUUUUUAUUAACCAUUUGAAUAUGUAUUUAAUCAUGCAACAUAAGUUUAUAUGAACUUUUUCUUUAUAAAAAAUGAAGAGAAUGGUCAUUUAAAUCCUGUUGCAUUGGCAUACACAUGUUAUAAUGAUUUUCUCAGAUUGGGCCUACUGGUUGUGGAUGUUGGCCCUCCUGCUGAUUGGGUAAGAUCAAUGUGCAGAGAGUUGUAAGUUGGUUGUAUUUCCUUUCUAUUUCUUUUAUAUUUUCUUCUGUUUUUGUAUCUUCCUUUGUUCAUAUUUGAUUUUACAGAAGGAUUGCUUUGAGGUGAAGGGUCAAUCAGUCUUUUGAUUUAUUUAACUGGUUUUGAUAUUUGAUUUUACAGAAGGAUUGCUUUGAGGUGAAGGGUCAAUCAGUCUUUUGAUUUAUUUAACUGGUUUUGAUAUUUGAUUUUACAGAAGGAUUGCUUUGAGGUGUAUGCUUUGGUUUAUGGGCUUUUGCAUGUAAAGACUAACAAAUCGGAUCAGAGGAACAAAUCUCCGGCGAAUCUCCGACAGUUAUCUUUCUUGAUUUCCCGGUGAGUUCGUGAAUGGAAGCGAUCAGGAAGCAGGCAACGAAGCUUCGAGAACAGGUUGCCAGACAACAACAGGCAGUUUUCAAGCAGUUUGGUGGUGGCGGUUAUGGAGGUUCAGAUAAUAUGGUGACUGAUGAAGCAGAACUCAUGCUUCACCAGAAACUCGAGCGGCUUUACAUAUCUACACGUGCUGCCAAGCAUUUUCAAAGAGACAUUGUCCGUGGCGUUGAAGGAUAUAUAGUCACUGGUUCCAAACAAGUUGAAAUAGGAACUAAAUUAUCAGAAGAUAGCAGAAAAUAUGGUACCGAGAAUACAUGCACUAGUGGAAAUACACUAUCACGAGCCGCAGUCAACUUUUCACGAGCGCGUGUCCAGAUGGAAAAGGAACGCGGAAAUCUACUUAAAUCUUUCGGGACACAGGUUGCAGAGCCAUUGAGAGCAAUGGUAAUGGGAGCUCCACUUGAAGACGCUAGACAUCUUGCUCAACGUUAUGACAGAAUGCGACAAGAAGCAGAGGCACAGGUUAUUGAAGUUUCUAAACGACAAGCGAAAGUGAUAGAUGGAAGCGGGAAUCCCGAGCUGUUUUCAAGACUUGAAGCAGCGGAAGCGAAAUUACAAGAUCUGAAGUCGAACAUGUCAGUAUUGGGAAAGGAAGCUGCAUCGGCAAUGGCUGCAGUUGAAGCUCAACAGCAAAACAUGACACUGCAAAGACUUAUUUCCAUGAUUGAAUCGGAACGUGCCUACCACCAGAAGGUUAUUCAGAUUCUUGAUCAUCUUGAAGGGGAGAUGGCAUCGGAGCGCCAACGAAUCGAAGCAGCUCCUCCUCCACCUAUGGAAACAUCUCCACCCCCACCCCCGUCAUACGAAGAAGUGAAUACUAAAAACAUGCCUACCUCUCCAACGCAAAAUGGUUCCAAUUAUGACGUGGAUUACUUUUUAGGAGAGGCUAUGUUCACAUAUAAUGCGGUCUCUGACGUGGAGCUCAGUUUAUCAUCCGGUGAUUAUGUUGUUAUCAGAAAGGUGUCAAAUAAUGGUUGGGCAGAAGGUGAGUGUAAAGGGAGAGCAGGAUGGUUUCCGUUUGAAUACAUUGAACGGCGUGAGCGUGUUCUUGCAAGCAAGGUUACUCAAGUGUUUUAAACUAUGUUCAGUCUCUACUUUACUUGCGUGUUUGUAUGUAUUUAUGGACUUUGGAUAUAAGAAAACAUGAUUUGUUUUUGUUCUCAAAAGACAUCCUUGUCUGCUCUUGUUCUGCUUUGAUUUUGUUGUAGGAGCUUCGACUUUUAUAAACAUUUGUAUGUAUAAUAUAUUGUGGUUGCUA